AAAACUGAAGUGCUGUGUGUACGAUGUGCUGUGUGUACGAUGUGCAUGUGCGCCGCGAAUACAUGUGAAUACACACACAUGUGCUAUAUCAUAUAGCACUGUGCGGCAUUCACUGUGCUAUACUUUACAUCGUGUAACCAUUGGUGUAACUCAGAACUGUGUUAGGCAUUAUUUUCUUUUGAGACCUCAGGAAAAGCUUCAAACAUGAGGGGUCGUGAAGGCAGGAGGGGACGCGGAGGAUUCAAGUCACAUGGACAAUGGCGAGCCCCGUUCAUUCCCCAUGUACCUUUUGACAUGAUCCAGUGUGAGGCAGCGUUUCAGAGAGUGAAGCCCAUGCCUGAUGAUCAACCACUCUUUGAUGAGCUGAUUAAGAAGAAUGGGGAGUUAUCACCCACGCCUCUGGAGCAGUCUUCUGUACUCAGCCUUGUCACUAAGAUCAGUACUGUACUUGAUGAGAUCAUUGUUGCUCCACCUACUGGCUUUGACGUGGUGGUAGAGCAAGUGCGUCAGGUGGGGUCACACAAGAAGGGAACCAUGAUGAAUGGGAGUCCAGUCGCUGACUUAGUCGUUAUUCUGAAGACACUACCAACAACUGAAGCAGUGUCCAAGCUAGGAAACAAGGUUGUGGAGAAGAUCAAGGAGAAGGAACCCAAAGAGAUCUUGACCAUGUUGUCAAACGAGGCAGGGUGCGAGAUCAGCAGCUCUGAGGCCACCGUUAAGAUCAUGGUGACCACCAUCCCACCCAACCUGAAGAAGAUAGACCCUGCCAUGCACUUACCCAUGAAGAUUAUGAAGUCAUCCUUGGCAGCAGUGAGGCAUGCGCGAUGGUUUGAAGAAAAUGCUCAGCAUUCAAGCAUCAAGGUACUGAUCCGUGUGCUGAAGUACAUGAGGACUCGCUUCGAGGGACUUGAGCCUCUGAACCCGUGGAUUAUUGACCUCCUUUCCCACUAUGCCAUCAUAAACAACCCACCCAGGAAGCCACUAGCAAUCAACCUAGCCUUCCGUCGAUGCCUGUCCCUACUGGCAUCUGGCUUCUUUCUCCCUCGCUCCAUGGGGAUCAUCGACCCCUGCGAAGGCAACGGGAUGCGGGCUCACUGCACACUCACCCUGGAGCAGCAGGACCAAGUGGCCUACACAGCUCAGACUUUGCUUCGAGUGCUGAGUCAUGGUGGAUACAAACAGAUUCUAGGAACGGAAGGCAAUGCUUCUAUAGCAACCGAGAUGUCCGUUUGGGAUGGAGUGGUGGUCACCCCAAGUGAGAAGGCCUACGAGGCCCCAGCUGAGACCCCGAAGGGAGAGGAAGGGGAAGGAGAAGGGGAGGAGGAGGAGGGAAUGGAGUCUUUGGAGUCACAGUAGAUAAUCAGCAGGCUUACAUAGCUCCCUCGUCCACGUUAUAUCCAGCCCUGAGGUCUUCAGAGGUGACAUCUUGAUGAGGCAUAUGAGAAUGCAGACCCAGUCUUCAAAACUCUUCCGUGGAUUUCUUUCAAUAAAUAGUCAAACUAGCAAACAUCCAUGGAUAGUUCUGCAAUGUAUUUUGAGCUUUUAAACUGAACUUCUUUUUCCUCCUGUAAAGGUGAAUAUGCAAAUAUUCAUUGUGACAUUAUAUCUCCAUCACAAAAGUCCAUUAAUGAUGGUUAUCAUACACCAGUUUUUGUUGUUAAUUUUGUUUUUUCAAUGGCUGAAUUAAUUUACAUAGCAAGUAAAGAAACGUCACUCCCUCAAACAUAUUUUUUCCUAUAUGAAAAUCUCAUAUUGCAUGAUCAGCUAACAAUGGUAGGCUUUUAAAUUUGCCUCUUACCUCAAAACUGGACAUUGGUUUGGGCUUCUUUGUCUUGGCACCUGAUAGCUUGAGAGGACCGUAUUCGUCUCUUAAACAUGUCUUUUAGAAGUAAGUGUACAGUUGGUUAUUUCUUACAUGUAGCUUAGUUUUUUAAGGUGUUGUUCAGGUAGAUGUUAGACUAGUUUGUGUGAAUUGUGUAACUAGUUGUGCUAUUAGUAGAUUUAUUUAUGUUAUGCAUCAUGUUGAGUCAUUUCUCAAACGUGUUUGUUACUUAAUUUUAAAUGACAAAGAAUCAACCUUCGGAAUAUGUCUUUUAUUUCACUGUAUUGAUAUUCACCAGGAAAACACUUACUGUGGGUUACACAUGAUUUUUUAGUUUAAUAAACCUCUAGCAUUGUAUUGAU